UCUCUCUCUCUCUCUCUCUCUCUCUCUCUCUCUCUCUCUCUCUCUCUCUUGCACAGCGGAGUGGCCCUUUUCUUUUCUUGAGUGAGCUAGCUAGCUCAGCUCCACUUUAAUUUGAUUGUUAAUUAAAUCAUUAUACUAUUAUCUUAAGGCUCAAGCAUUGUUGGAACUGCUUCUGUCUGUCUGUGUGUGGCGAGAUAAGUGUCGCUUUUAUAUCGCCUGUGCCCUGCCCUGCCGUGUCUCACCAUCAUUGUUGCCAUCACAGGCCGCUACCGCGCUCGCUCACUAGUCACUCCACCCGGGAGCACGCAUAUGCGUGCGAUGGGACGCGAGGCAGCAACGGCAGUGGCGUGCUCCUCCAACAAGCCCAAGCUGCGGAGAGGGCUGUGGUCGCCGGAGGAGGACGAGAAGCUCUACAACCACAUCAUUCGCUACGGCGUCGGUUGCUGGAGCUCCGUCCCAAGGCUCGCCGGGUUGGAGAGAUGUGGUAAGAGCUGCAGGCUAAGAUGGAUCAACUACCUCAGGCCUGAUCUCAAGAGGGGCAGCUUCUCCCAGCAGGAGGAGGACCUCAUCGUCAGCCUGCACAAGAUCCUCGGCAACAGGUGGUCCCAGAUAGCGUCGCAGCUGCCAGGCCGGACCGACAACGAGAUCAAGAACUUCUGGAACUCGUGCAUCAAGAAGAAGCUCCGGCAGCAGAGCAUCGACCCCACCACCCACGAACCGCUCAAUGACGCUGCCGCUGUCGCCGAGCCGCACGAUGAGUGCAAGCAGCUAGUCCCCGCUGCGGAAGACGGCGGCUCCGUUGGCAGCGACGAUCUCCUAGCGCCGCACUCCCCGGUCGACUGCAGCUUCGAUCCCAUGUCCGUGACAAACGUCCCCACAAUGCACAUGCAGGGCUCCUAUUCCUUGUGUGACCACGCCUCCACGUACUGCGCCUACACAGGCGGCGGCGACAGCUCCAGCAACAGCAACGGCACCGGCACCGGCACCAGCACCUGGACCUGCGGCAAUGUGGAGCCGCUCCCGCACAUGGACAUGUUCCGCGACGCCGAGCCGUACCCAUUCGACCCGACCAAGUUCAGCCCGUGGCACCAGCAGCACGCGCCGGACGACGACCGCGGCUCCGCGGUCUUCCCGAUCCGCUCGCUGUCCCGGGACCUGCCCGAGUCGUGCUUCGAGCUCGCCCGUGGAGCCUUGGAGGACGAGUUCGACUUCAUGUGACCCCGCCACGCCCAGGCCGAGCUCAUGUGUCCAUCGUUCCACAACCACAAACUCACACAUAUACAAACCUCACUACACCACCUGAUGAGAUGAGAAGAUUGAUCACCGCUGAGAGGACCAUGUGGUUUGACCACACCUAUACUUUAUUUCCUCUCCUCAUUUUUCUCUCUCUGCCUUUCGACCCUUUCCCUCGAAAAAGAAGUACUUAUUCAACGAAGCUGUUUAAUUAAUGAAUACAAUGGUACUCCCUCUGUAAACUAAUAUAAGAGCGUUUAGAUUACUAAAGUAGUGAUCUAAACACUCUUAUAUUAGUUUACGGAGGGAGUAUAUACUAGAGUAUAUAGUAUUGUGAUCAUAAUAAGGGUUAGUAAAUAUGCAUGUAUACGUACCCCAAUUCAGGAGGGUUUCAUGUUUUGUAUUCCCUCCGUUCCUAAA